AUGAUAAAAAUGUACUCCGGUGACAAAGGAACCACAUCCCAGGAUUUUAUGCUUGCCUAUCACAAUGGCAGCACAUCCCAUAUGGCAGCGGAUGGACGGGGGGUUCGGGAGGGGUGUUGUUGCCAUGCGCCGGGCGGCUGCGGGAGCUGCAGGCGCUCUCGGGGGCGGCGCGCCCCCGCCACGCUCCGUGCCGCGGACUACAGGCCCCGUCAUGCCGCCGCGCGGGCGGGCGGGAGCGGCGGAGCGCGCCUGCGCCGCCAGACGUGGCAGCAGCCCGCAGCGGCGGCGGGUCCGGAGCGGGUCCGGGCGGCGGCAGCGAUGGCAGUGGCGGGGCAGGGCGCGGGGGCUGCGCGGCGCCGCGGCGGGCGGCUCCCGCUGCUGCUGCUCGGGCUGGCGGCAUUCUUGCCGGCGUUCGUGUGCUCUUUGAAGGUGUCUCCACUCAUAGAAAAAAUAAGUGACCACAAAGAUUUUAAGAAGCUUCUCAGGACACGGAAUAACAUACUAGUGCUGUAUUCCAAAUCAGCUGCUGCUGCAGAAAGCUCACUCAGGUUACUGUCCAGUGUGGCCCAGGAGGUGAAAGGACGAGGUACUAUAGGCUGGAUAGACUGUGGUGAUACUGAAAGCCGAAAAUUAUGCAAGAAGAUGAAAGUAGAUCCUAAUUCAAAGGAGAAAGGAGUGGAAUUACUCCAUUAUAAGGACGGUGCAUUUCAUACUGAAUAUAACAGAGCGGUCACAUUGAAGUCUAUGGUGGCCUUUCUCAAGGAUCCAGAAGGUGCUCCACUGUGGGAGGAGGAUCCUGAAGCCAAAGAUAUUGUGCAUGUUGACAGUGAAAAGGAAUUGAGGAGACUUCUGAAGAAGGAAGACAAACCCCUUUUGAUGAUGUUCUAUGCUCCAUGGUGUGGUGUUUGUAAGAGAAUGAUGCCAUCUUAUCAGCAGGCAGCUACAGAACUCAAGGGUAAAUAUGUUCUUGCAGGAAUGAAUGUUUACUCUGCUGAAUUUGAAAGGAUAAAGGAGGAAUACAAUGUCCGGGGAUAUCCUACAAUCUGCUAUUUUGAGAAAGGAAAGUUCCUGUUUCACUUUGAGAACUAUGGUGCUACAGCAGCAGAUAUAGCAGAGUGGCUGAAAAACCCGCAGGCACCUCAGCCACAGGCUCCGGAGACUCCCUGGGCAGAGGAAGAAAAUGCAGUUUAUCACCUGACUGAUGAGGACUUUGACAAGUUUAUAAGAGAUCAUUCAUCUGUGCUAGUGAUGUUCCAUGCACCAUGGUGUGGGCACUGUAAGAAAAUGAAGCCAGAGUAUGAGAAGGCUGCAGAGUUUCUCCAUGUAGCCAAUGAUAGUCCAGGUGUCCUUGCAGCAGUCGAUGCUACCGUCAAUAAGGCACUGGCAGAAAGAUACCACAUCUCAGGGUUUCCUACUUUAAAGUACUUUAAGGAUGGAGAGGAGAAAUACACUCUGCCACACCUCAGAACACAGAAGAAAAUCAUCGACUGGCUGCUCAAUCCUGAAGCACCACCUCCACCUGAGCCUGCGUGGGAAGAAAAGCAAACUAGCGUUAUCCACCUUGUUGGAGAAGACUUCAGGGAGUCCUUGAAGAAGAAGAAGCACUCUCUUGUCAUGUUCUAUGCACCAUGGUGUCCCCACUGUAAAAACGCCAUUCCACAUUUUACAACGGCUGCUGAAGUCUUUAAAGAAGAUCGGAAGAUUGCCUACGCUGCAGUGGACUGUGCCAAAGAACAGAAUCACGACCUGUGUAAGCAGGAGGGAGUCGAUGGCUACCCCACCUUCAACUAUUACAACUAUGGGAAAUUUGUGGAGAAGUAUACUGGAGAAAGAGGGGAGUCUGGAUUCACUGUUUUCAUGCGAACCCUGAGAGAAAGAGACCAUGAAAGAGUAGGAAAGAAGAAGGAUGAGUUGUAGUCCCUGCCUCAAAAGAAGCUUUCCGCUGCACUGUGAACGGUUCCAGGUCUUUUUGUUACUGCACCUGAGACUUCACAUAUUCUCAAGACAGACUUUUUUUUUAUAAACAGCCAUGGCCAUUUUGUACAAUUUUGAAAUAAAGUGAAACCACUUGAUUUUUAAAAGGAAAACAAAUUAGAAUGUUGCCAUAUUGUUUGGAAGAAAACCCAGCAUAUUUUCUCUGACCUUGUGAGACGAUGCCCUCUGACACUCCUAUGCAAUAUUUUUGUAGUCUGUAGCGUGUCUGUAGGUGAUGUUGUUUGAUGGGGUGAAUUUCUUUUUUACAGCUGUUGCAGUACAUGUGAAACACAAAUGGGAGGGGAUGCAGGUUUGGGGUUUUGUUUGUUGUUCUUUUGUUUUUAAAUGGUGAAGGAAAAUGUAAGUACUUGUAAGACAGAUUUAUCCAAAUGCAGUUUUACAUUCUUGUGAAAUGGUUACAUGUGCUUCAGCAAGAUUUAGGGGACAUUUUAAGGUGCUCAGGGAUAAAUAAGGUAUCUGACUUAAUGAAGACAUUAACAUGAACCAGUCCAGAUCUGUUGAUUUCAUUUCAGUCUCUCUGGUCUUUAAAUCAGAAGUGUUUACAUACCUUUAUAGAAUGUAUUAAGAGUGAAUUAAGCCAGGUAUCAAAAAUCAGCAGAGUAUGGGUAAAAUUAAACUAAUACCCCCUGUUUUGGUAUCAAUGUUGUCAAAUGCAUCUGUAAGUUACAGCAGAGGUUAUUAUCUUCUUGGGGUAUACAGUUACCCUUAUAGGGUAUAUAGUCUCCCUUCCAAUUACGAUUGGGCUGUAUCAAGUAUGUGUUGGAAAGUGUUACGUUCAACUGUUUUGAUAAAGGCAUAAUACCUUUGACGAUGCAGUAAUCAUGUGUAUUCCAGAACUUUGACCUUCACUUGCAUGUGGGUUCUUUCUCUUGUUGCCCUUUAAGGGGUUGCAGAAACAACCUCUGACACUACAGCAUUUGAAAUGUUUUUACAUCCUCGAUGCUUUAGAAAAACCCAAAAGAUGAUCUGGAGGUACUUAUGUCUUCACAGGAGGGGAGAGGGAGGGACAGGAUGUUGUGAAUCACUUAGAACUAAAAAUAAACUAAAAGACAAGUACUUUUAUGGUUCCUGAGCCUCGUUGAGCCCCUUCCCCGCUGGGUGACUGAUGGCCAGUUGCUGGGGAUGGUUUGGGAGGAGCAGAAGGUGAGUGGCAUCUUACUUCCUUUCUCAGUAUGUUUUUUUUCUCCUCCUUCUCUCUCUUCUAAUUAAUGGCCCUGGACAACUGACAUUCCUUAGGCUGCUGAAGCCAUUAGUGAGUAAGCUGGAAUACCAGUAGCCUGAUUGGCCUUGUAUGGUAGCCAGCUUGUUAACCGUGACAUCAGUUUGAAUGGUGAUGGAGCUGUGCCAAGUAUCUUCUCUUAUUAAGCACCUGCUGAGUGUCUUCACUCAAAAAUCAUCUGCCUGGUAGUACAUAAUAUCCCAGUGUGAAAGUAGCUUAAUUUAUUAACUUUCUUACUGUGUUUUGUUUUUUCUUCCUGUUAGCAUAGUUACUUCAUGUUGAGUUUAGUGUGUUUGCAUAAGAUCAUGGUAAGUCUUUCAAGCUAUUCUCACCUUAGUAGCAAGCUUUCUGCCCUGUGUUUAGGUCAUUAUAUAUUGAUGUCAUCUGAUUUGAAACAGGAAUCCCUUUGCUUACCAGCAAACUACUAAGGUUGAUCAGUCCAGAAUUUACAGCAUUUUUUAGAUCCCAGAGUCAAAGCAGCUGGCAUGAAAGAAAUACUGUCUCCAGAAACACUUGAGCAUUUCUGUGCAUAGGCUGUGCCUAUGUUGGUGCUAAUUGCUGGGAAAUGUGGGCUUCCUCAAAAAAAACAGGAAAGAAAAUAAUCAUAGCUUGCCAAUGGUGACAUCACUUGUCAGGAUCAUUCAGAAUUAUAGGCUUCAGUAAAUGUUUAGGAUAGGACAAUUGCACUCUGUGCUGCAGACCAGUAAUUCCUUACAGCUGGUUACACCAUAAUAAAAUGAAAAUGAAGGAUUCUCGUUUUUCCCUUCAGUCUUUUGUCAGUUACUCCUUAGAUUUGGGUAUUCAGGUUUGGUUUUUUUUCUUGGCUAAUCAUGUGUUAAUGCACAAAUAUAAAAUAUUGGAGAAUAAUUUACCUUCUGUCUCAGGGUCAUGACUCAUCUGGUUCAUAGUAUGAAUGGGUUUUGAAAAAAUACCGUUUUGAACACCAUAAACAAUUACAUCAAAUGGCUGACAGAAGCCUUAGUUACUGUGAACUAGAGUGUACCAGGAGCUAGGAGCUCUGCUUCUAAGCCUUUUUAAUUAGUAGGCCAUGUCUGGAUCUCAAUUACACUGUUGUAAUUCUGUUGCCUCCAGUGAAGCAAAAAUUGGUGUUUAUAUUUGCUAGUGAAGUCAGUUUAUGUUUAUAUU